AUGGACAGCGGCAGCAGCAGCAACAACAACAACAACGGUGCCGCUGGACGAAGUGGUCGUCUCGGUGGUCGUGGCUCCGACCGCGUCUACCAGCAGGCCUCUGGCACUGGCCAUACCAUUGGCAGUGCUGGCGGCGGAAAUGGCGAGGGCGGAAGCGGUGAUGAGGGCAGUGGAGCGCUGGCUGGGGUGAUGGCCGUGGAGGACGUGGCGACAGCCAUGGCUUUGGCCAUGAGUUUGUUCGCGUUGUAG